CUGUCCGCGCCGUCGCGGGGCGGGCACAGCGGGUCCCUCCCGGCGGCCGUCGGGGCGCGCGUGCGCUCGGUGUGGUGGGGCGGGCACGCGGCGGGGCCAUGGCGGACUACCUGAUCAGCGGCGGCACCGGUUACGUGCCCGACGACGGGCUGACGGCUCAGCAGCUCUUCAGCUGCGGCGAUGGGCUCACCUACAACGAUUUCCUCAUCCUCCCGGGGUACAUCGACUUCACGGCGGACCAGGUGGACCUGACCUCGGCGCUGACCAAGACAAUCACCCUGAAGACGCCGCUGGUCUCCUCGCCCAUGGACACGGUCACCGAGGCCAGCAUGGCCAUCGCCAUGGCGCUGACCGGAGGAAUCGGGUUCAUCCACCACAACUGCACCCCGGAGUUCCAGGCCAACGAGGUGCGGAAGGUGAAGAAAUACGAGCAAGGAUUCAUCACAGACCCCGUGGUGCUGAGCCCCAAUGACCGAGUGCGAGAUGUGUUUGAAGCAAAAGCUCGUCAUGGAUUUUGUGGGAUUCCCAUCACGGACAAUGGGAAGAUGGGGGGCAAGCUGGUUGGGAUCAUCUCGUCCAGAGAUAUUGAUUUCCUGAAAGAGUCAGAGCAUGACCUGCCCCUCGGUGAGAUUAUGACAAAGCGGGAAGAUCUUGUUGUGGCCCCAGCUGGCGUAAUGUUGAAGGAAGCAAAUGAAAUUCUGCAAAGGAGUAAAAAAGGCAAGCUGCCAAUUGUUAAUGAAGAUGACGAGCUGGUGGCUAUCAUUGCCCGCACUGAUCUCAAGAAGAACAGGGAUUACCCUCUGGCUUCCAAGGACUCCAAGAAGCAGCUGCUCUGUGGUGCUGCUAUUGGGACCCAUGAGGAUGACAAGUACCGGCUGGACCUGCUGGUGCAGGCUGGCGUGGACGCUGUCGUGCUGGAUUCCUCUCAGGGGAAUUCCAUCUUCCAGAUCAAUAUGAUUAAAUACAUUAAGGAGAAAUAUCCCAACCUACAAGUUAUUGGAGGAAAUGUGGUGACUGCGGCUCAGGCCAAGAACCUGAUUGACGCGGGGGUUGAUGCCCUGAGGGUCGGGAUGGGCAGUGGCUCCAUCUGCAUCACACAGGAAGUGCUGGCGUGCGGCCGUCCCCAGGCCACGGCGGUGUACAAGGUGUCCGAGUACGCGCGCAGGUUCGGCGUCCCCGUCAUCGCCGACGGAGGCAUCCAGACGGUCGGGCACAUCGCCAAGGCCCUGGCACUGGGGGCCUCCACAGUGAUGAUGGGCUCUCUCCUGGCUGCCACCACGGAGGCCCCAGGCGAGUACUUCUUCUCGGAUGGCAUCAGGCUGAAGAAAUACCGUGGCAUGGGCUCCCUAGAUGCUAUGGACAAGAACUUGGGCAGCCAGAAUCGGUAUUUCAGUGAGACAGACAAAAUUAAAGUGGCCCAGGGGGUCUCCGGUGCAGUGCAAGACAAGGGCUCUAUCCAUAAAUUCAUUCCAUACCUUAUUGCUGGGAUCCAGCAUUCCUGCCAGGAUAUCGGUGCCAAGAGCCUGACCCAAGUCCGAGCCAUGAUGUACUCGGGAGAGCUGAAAUUUGAGAAGAGGACAACGUCUGCCCAGGUUGAAGGAGGGGUGCACGGCCUCCACUCGUAUGAGAAACGCCUCUUCUGAGAGAGAUCUGUCUGUCCCUGUGCCACCCAGCCCUGCGCUGCUCUGCGUGGGAGCUGCUCUUGCUGCAGAAGUGCCAUUAUUCUGGGCUGCCUGGAGCUCCUGCUGUCCCUUGGCUGCUUUCUGACCACCCGCAGGGCCCGCCUUCCACCCAGGAGCCGUGAGCCUGGGCUGGAGCCUUGCACGUGUUGGCCAUGUUUUACAAUAAAAAAAAUUAAAAUAUGUGCAGUUGGUGUCA